UUGAGGAAGAAGUGAUGGGAAGAAAUUACUUUAGGCCAGCAGAGAAGAGAAGGUGUUUGUUUGUGUUGAGAGGCAGGCACAGGCAGGGGGGCAGCAGGCAGCCACUCAGCAGGUUCAACCCAAGCCAUCAUAAAGGCUUUAGUCACUGCCAGAUGGAGUGACUGCCUCCCAAACCAAGACCAAGAUCAAGUAGUGACAGGCAUUCAGCAGUAACCAGCAGGAGGAGGAGGAGGAUGACCACGCCAGCCCGGGAGCUUAGUAAACAGACCACCUGACUGCCCUAGGUCCAACACGCCACACGCAGGGUGGCCACUAUAAUGGUGGAGGCCCAUGAGGGCGUGGUGGUCGCCAUGCGGUAUCUGGCUCCCUUGUCUCCGUAAAACUGACCAUUGCCAAGUGGGGGUCGCCAUGACUCCUGACAUCUACCACGAGAAGCAGAUCAAGGAGUUGUGUGCCCUGCAUUCCUUAAACAACCUUUUCCAAGAUGGUGCUGCAUUUGCCAAGAGUGAGCUGGACAACAUAUGUUAUGCUCUCUCUCCAGAUAACUGGUUCAACCCUCACAAAUCUCUCUUAGGAACAGGCAACUAUGAUAUCAAUGUAAUCAUGGCAGCCUUGGUCUCCAAAGGCUGUGGAGUCAUAUGGUUUGAUAAGAGAAAAGACCCUCAAGUAUUGAUGUUAGAGAAGGUGGUGGGGUUCAUCCUCAACGUCCCCUCCGAGUACCGGCUGGGCCCCGUUCAGCUGCCCCUGCGCAGGAAACACUGGAUUGCCAUUCGCAGCAUACGGGGAAUAUACUACAACCUUGACUCAAAGCUUGAAAAUCCAGAAAUAAUUGGAAAAGAGCAGGAGUUAAUCAACUACCUGCGUGAGGAGCUGAAGCACAAGGACAAGGAGCUGUUCGUGGUGGUGACGGAGGAAGUGGAGCGGCUGCGGGCAUGGUGCUGCCCGCAGCCUAACCACACCACGGCGGCGGUGACCGCCAGUACAAACUAUGCUGAGGACAUUGAGUUCCCAGCAGACAUGAUGAGUACAAAUUGUUUAGUCAAUGGGAAAGAGUUGCAAUCUGGGGAUGCAUUCAACCCCCCAGGACUGUCUUUCAUAGAUCAAGAGCCAGGGGGACCUGAUAGAUGGUCUGUGGGGGAGGCCAUGAAGGCAAGUCAAGAAACACUAUAGGUAGAUAAAUAUACUUAGGCAAAAGUAAUACAGAUAGAGUAUAUUAUAUUUACACACACAGAACUUGACUAUAAACUGCCAUUGUGCAUAAUGCAGUGUCUUCACUACAAUAGUGUUAUGGAGUUUGGUACAAAGUGAAAAUUUGUUAUCAGUGACUCAGUUUAAAGUGUUCGAAAAAAAAAGAGGAGCUGAAAGUGUUAAUAUUUAAAAAGUUAUGUGACUCAAAUUUUAUGAAGUAGUGUGUAGACUCCAUUGUGAUUAUAAUGUAAUCAGGUGUGUCAGUUAUCUGGUAAAGGUGUCUCAAGUACAAGACGCACCUGUCAUUGAACAUGGGCAUAAUGAGCAUACAUACAUUAUGGAGUGUUUGAUUCAAGCCUGUGGGGUACCUCACUGCCAUAGCUUAGUCCACAGUAGUAAUGUAAGACUGUUGGCUGUUCAUAUGUUAUAUAUACAAGUAAUUCAAUAUUUGCAUGGAAACUUUUCUAUCAUGUCUCUGCAUUUUUUGAUAAUUAAACAAGCCAAGCAAGUGCAUGGAAGCCUUUAGAAAUAAUCUGGAAAUGGAACACAAACAAAAUUACUGAGUGGUAUUAUGAAAUACUUUUCUAUGUAAGUUUAUUUAUCAUAAAUUUGAGAAAGGGUGCACAUAUCUUACCCAUACUCUUUCAUGGCAUAACUAUACUUAUAGGAAGCUGCAAGUCUCCAGCAAAGCCUGUUCUGCUAAUGGCACUGCAGAACAACUGAUAAAUUUGUAAAAUUUUAAGGUACUGCAAUACAUGUCCGUACACAUGAACUCCAGCUAUAUGGGCAAGUAAAAUGUUACCUAGAAGUUAACCCUGCUCACGGGGUUGUGCUUAAGAGACAACCUUCCUUUGUUCCUACUAAAUUUAUUGUGAAACAUGUAGUUAAUUCAGUUAUAUAAAACUAUACAUAUUUUUUAGUAAAUGAAACUCAUGAUUGAUUGGAUUAUUUUAUGGGAUCUUUUGAUACAUAUAUCAGCAAGGUGGCAAUAGUAUUUAAACAUCUUUGUGUAAGCUACACUACUAUGGUCUGGCUCAACUAAACGUGUGGUUGUGGGCGGGUUCAGCAUAGGGGAUCCCCUUGUACAGCAGUGCCGCGCGUCUCCUAGCCCGCGAUGUAGAAAUGUUCUAACAUAAGUAAAACCAUGGCAAAUAUGACCAGCAAGUAUGCAUACACAUUUAAUCUUAGUAUUAUAACGUAUGAAAGAACAGUUAACUUAUUAUGGAUAAGAUAUUUUAUAAGCAUGUAAAGAAACGUGGCAUACAUAUUUUACAGUGAUGCUAAAAAAAUGCUAUACUUAUUAUUGAGUUUCCCUUUUGUUUUGGGAUGUGUAAGUAGUUUCACAAUUAUAUUUAGAUUAUAUCGUGAAGGAAUGUACGUUAAAAUAAGCUGACAUAAGUAAGAAAAAAAGCAUUCAAAUCCUCAUGGCGGUAACGCCACGAGAGAGAGAGGCAACCAACGUGGGGUUAAAAAUGUGGCAACGCUGUACUCUUGGAUUAUUCCUCACAUGGCACCUUUGAACCACAUGUGUAGCCGAGCCAGACUAUAGAGGCUAGGAGCUUGCCAUGAGCCUGUCAGUAUGGUUGUGCCAUGCUAGAUAAACAACUUUUACUUUGACAUUCCUACUUGUUGAAAACUUUUAUUUGAUGUUUGUUACAUUGCAAAAAUGGUACUUUGUGCAAAGGUCAUCAUAGCCACUCACUUGGUGCAGUUGUGUGCCACAGGUUGUCAGUGGCUAAGUUGUUUGUGGAUCGAGUGUAAGUGGAAAAAUAUUUUUUUUAAUCAUUAUAUUACUUUCUAAGUGGAAGAAAUUGUUCCGUGUAAUUAUCUUCAAAAUACCUAAACCUUUAAUACCUGAAUAUUAUAGAGAUACUCUUACCUUAGAUCCUAUUACUCUCACAGCUGUUGGACAUACUAGAAUUUCCAGCCAUGCUUGUUAACCACAAUGCUGAUUUGCUUAGCUUAACUGAGGACAAAUAUUGAUUAGUAAAGCCUUUAUUACUGAAAACUGAUAACUGUGUUCAAAAUCUCUUCGUAUGGAGAAUACGUACCGAAGCUUCAUUAAUGUUUCCUAUUCAAAUUCACUAGUAUAUAGUAUUGAGAGGCAUAACAAUCUUAAAAUUUUGCUGAUUCACAUGAUUAUGGCACACAUUCUUGUAUAGGGUAGUUAAUUUAUUUUUUGUAUUGUGUGUUUCCUGGCUGACAAACUCGACUAUUCAAUAUCAUGAUGAUAGUUUUGCACAAUUUACACGUCUUUUUUUUUCAACUCAUGCCAUGUUCAUUUACUGCUGUAUUAUGUUAAGUUGCUACAAAUACUGUGCUCAGUCUUCAGUCUUUAUAACUUUGAUAACUUUUAUAUCCCAGUGGCUUCACCCCUCCCAGGGUGACAGUCAGAAAAAGGACUUCCAUUAUUCCUCAACUCACAUGGCAGGUCUCACUCUGGUCUUUGCACACACCAGAUGGGCAUUCUUAACUGCCUGUUUUUUUCCAUAGAAACUAUUAAGGCUAAGAAGAGUGUUAAGCAGCAUUGUUUAGUUUAACUUCAUCCUCCUCAUUGCAACAGAUUGAGAGACUCAAGGUACUCAGGUCACCCCACACUCACCUAAAAGUAAGGAACAGGAAUGUGCACACGGACAUCAACAGGUAGACAUUUUCUUGUUUUUACUUAUAUGACUAGUGACAAUAGUUACUUCUCUGGUGGUUUUGUUUGUUAAAUGUUUUCAGCCAAGGAGUAAUACUACCUCUAAUCUGACCACAGAGAUCUCUAAAGCCAUGUGGAUGGGAAGAAAGUUUUGCUCGUCAAGAGGUUCAUAUGCAGAUGUCACUCACUUGAAAUAGUUUAUCCUCUUCCUUGCAAUAGUUUUUGUUUGGCCAGUGGUGCUGGUGGCUUUCUUGGUGGGGCCUGGUGGUCAACCCCAGCCCGUUAUGGCGCAGGCAAGUACUUUAUAGUGCCGCCAUCAUGCUUGGCUCAUGUCCCCUGGAGCUCAUCUUUUAUCUUUUUUGAUUAGAGAAUCUAGAGUCCAGGUUGAUAGGUGGUCUUUAGGACAGCAUGUGGGUAGUCUUAGGUCAUUUGGCAAUGACUGAAAAAUUGCCAGCUUGUUUGUAGCAGCAGGUGGGAUGUGAACCUGCGUCCUGCUGGACACCGCUCCAGUAUGCUGACCGCUCAGCCACCAUCUUCCUGUAUAGACAAUUAAUAUAUCAAAACAGCAGGAAUUGUAAGGCCAAACUGCCAAAACUCAGACCAGUGAUCAUCCCUCUUCCACCAUUGUAACGGCAGCAAGUAUGUGUAACAUGAUAAACGUACUAUUCGGUAGUCAGUUCUUUGCUAAUCAUUUGUUCUGUUCAGCUGAAGCCCAUGAAUUUCACCAUGCAUGCUGAUUGCUCUAUUGUUCUAUUAUUCAACAACAUCGGCAAUCAGCAUGUACAGUGAAAAUCAAGAACAGUUUUUAGUGGACUUCAGCUGAACAUAACAAAUGAUUAGCAAUGAAUACUGAAUAGUAAAUUCUAGUAUUACACAUACUCGCUGCCCUUGCAUUGGCGGAAGGGGGAUGACCAGUGGUCUGAGUGUUGGCAGCAUGGUCUUGCAAUCCCUUCUGUGUUUUGAUAUAUUAAUUGUCUAUACACAAACUAUUGCAAGUUAUCAACCUGCCUGCAUGUGGACCUCAGACAAGUAGAACUAGCAUCACAUCUACAUGGCUUUUCAGCAAUCUAUGGUCAUAUUAGAAGUAGUAUUAACUCUUUGGGUGAAACAAUUAAUCACCAGUAACGUAACCUCAUUCCCAAUAAUGUGAGGGAAAUAUGUGUUACCAUCUGCUAAUAUUUGUAGUUACCACUUCACACAUACUACUUUAAAAACCCUUUUUAUCUACUAGUACUGUUGCAUGCCUAAAUUCAGUACAGAUAUUUUCAUUGCUUAAUCCUUUGUACUACCUUCCUAAUAUGUUACUACUGUAUGUUUACUAUUACACAUUGUGUACCUUUCCUAUAACAUUUAUAAUCCUGAAUGAGUGCCUCAGUAGCAUAGCAAACUUGACUAAAGUACUCCAUCAGGCAAUACACAGCUGUCUCGAGACUGCUCAGAGACUUACCUCCUGCUACUUUUAGUUCAUAUUUGUUCAAAGUAAUACCUAUUUUCACAUUACUGUGCUGCAGUCAGCUGCAACAGUACACCAUUUAUCAAGAUCCUGUUCCAGUCAUAACUUGGCAUUUAAAUCACAAGGCUGCUAGAAACUUACUACUUGUGUAGUUUCUCAUACUGAAGCAUAUGAUGUUAUGUUUUUGAAGUUGUCUUCUUGCACUUGAUCAAAAGACAGAAUCUAAGUAAAAUGGUGUAAGGCUGGACAGUUCAUAUGCAGUUAUACUUCUUGUCAGACUGUUAUCCCAGGCCAGAAAAGCAUGAAAGGUAAAGUACUUUGUCAGGAAUAGAUGAACAAAAUGUGUAUAUUUAAAGAGAAAGCUGGGUUUUCCUGCUGGCUAUUUCAAUCAUGAAUAAUAUAAUAUUUAUGUAUUUACAAAUAAAAAGAGAACACGUAAAUAUACUGUUCAAGUUUU